CUGGAAUCUUAUCGUCAACGGCAACUCUGUUGCUUGCUUCCAUUCCCUUCCCCUCUUUCAUUACUUCUACAACGGCCUCAUUUAGCGUUUCCUUUCUCUAACGUGUCAUUAACAUUAUCUACCUUCAGCCUGUAAACUGCCUUUCUUUUCUUUGUUCUAUUCGAUUCUCGUUUUUUCGCGAUUGCGCGGCAUGAUUCUUGACCUCCAAUCGCAACCGUCAUGACCAGUCACCCUCCAUCAUGUGAGAGCACCAACUCGAGAUCAUUAUGCUCAGGACUAACAAACAACAGGAUUGAACCCUCUAUUCGCGUCCGUCGGGCAAUUCAUGCCAAUGAUGCGACUCUUCUCCGCCGAAUUCUGAAGACACAUCCCAAUCUUCUCCUCAACCCCGACUCUUCACCAUCCGGCCUCUCCAAUUCGAACAUGCACCUAGCAGCCUCCCUAGGUCACCGCGAAGUCUGUGAAGUACUCCUGCAACUCGGCCACGAAGAUCCAGUCCCCGCACUCAACGAGACCCAUCAAACAGCGCUGAUGCUCGCCUCAGCCGGUGGCCAUACCGAGGUUGUACAACUCCUCUGCGAACACGACAAAACAUGCAUUCUUCGUCGCGACAUUCGAGGUCGUGAUGCCGUGAUGGAAGCUAGUCUUGGCGGACACGACACUAUUGUUCAACUCCUCCUUACCUUUGUCCCAGGGGGACCUUACGACGCAGUCCGCCGUGCGGACGUGGAAGGAAAUACGGCACUACAUUUUGCGAGCGGGAACGGAAACUUGCUGGUGCUGCGAACGCUGCUGGCGGCGGGCGCGGAUAUACAUAAGCGCAACAUUUGGAACUGGACACCGGCUGCGUACAGCGCUACUGUUCAGGCUGAGGUCUAUUUGAAGGGUUUGGUGAAUGAGGUUGGAAAGAGACAGCAGCAGCAACAGAAGAGGGAGAUUGAGUCGGCUAAGAAGGGAGGCGGAGUUCGAGUUGUUGAAGCCACAAGCGAUGAAGACUGAUUCAGGCAGAGUUGCCGAAUCUGCCAAUGCGGCUCUUCCAUGCCGCCUGAUGUGCGUUGGAUCGCAUGACCUGAUGUCGACAUCAACACCAGCAGAACCGGCUUCACACAUCCAAUCAUUUCUUCGACUCUUAUCAAAUGCCUUUCGCCAUCUUUUGUCAAUUUGUCAGUCUACAAUACUCAGGAAAGCGUCACGGAGUUAAUCUGAAUUGAAUCGAUUCACUAUGCAUUGUCCAUCAACUGUUUUUGACCUGCGCCAUUCACAACCAACUGUCGCCCUAUCUGAAUGG